AUGGGCACGAUCCCAAGGCUUGAACUAUGUGCCUCAGUUCUGGCUGUUGAGAUAGCAGAAACUAUCAGAGAACAACUGCAAGUUUCCAAAGAUGCCUUUACCUUCUACACAGAUAGCCAAGUCGUUUUGGGAUACAUCUUCAAUGACGCUGAGAGAUUUCACGUGUAUGUGUCGAAUAGGCUGAGCAGAAUACGGUCAUUCUGUGGUCCAGAAUGCUGGAGAUACGUGAUGUCUGAACAGAACCCAGCUGAAGUUGCGACUCGUUGUUGCAGUACCAAAGAACUCCCUUUGAGCAGCUGGCUCUUAGGACCCGACUUCCUGAGAAAUAGCGAACAACGUGCAGACCAACCUCCAACCUAUCACCUUGUUGAUCCCGAGACAGAUGAGGAAAUUCGUAAACAGGUGACUUGUUCAAAGACCACAAUCAUUUCUCAGGGAUCAGAUUCUUCUCAACCCAGAAGUAUGUCUACAUGGUGUGAACGCUUUGAAAAAUUUUCUACAUGGGCAAGUCUGGUUUGCGCUAUUACGCGCCUUAAAGGACUUUUGUGUAGGACCAAAUGUGACAAACCAAAUGCAGUUGCCCUGAAAGAAGAUGCUGAACAUUUUAUUAUUAAGCAGGCUCAACAUGACAGAUAUUCAUCGGAGAUCCUUGCAAUCAAAGGAGGCAAACAGCCACCACGGAACAGCUCUUUGAUUCCCCUUAACCCAGUGUUAGACCAAAAUGGCAUCCUGCGUGUGGGCGGUCGAGUCAAACAUAUGAAGAUUUCUGACGUAACUACACAACCUAUUAUUAUUCCCAAGGACAACCAUGUUGCUACAUUGUUAGUACGUCACUAUCAUGAAGAAGUUCAUCAUCAGGGGAGGCACAUGACCUAA